AUGUUAACUUCAUUUUCUCUUAUUCCGGUUGAAUAUAAUGAUAAGAAUCCAGAUGCAAACGAUUUACAUGCUAUUUCAAUUGAAGACGAGACAUUGGGUGUAUUUGAUGAUAAUCAAUCUAAUGAUAAUCAUCAACAUGUGGUUAUUAAUGGAAAACAAUAUUGGAUUCCAAAGGUACCUGAUGAAGUUAAGCCAAAACUCAAAGGUCAUUACAAGUCCUAUGAAGAUAUAACAAAUAUGUAUUACAAGUAUGACAUGGUAUUUGUUCCUUUCACUGGAAUCGACAAUCACAAAAGGUGUGUUACUUUUGGUGCUGGUUUGCUUAGCAAAGAUGAUAUCAACUCAUACACAUGGUUGUUGAAAUCUGUUCUUAAAGCCUUUGGUAAACAACCAAUACUUGUGUUAUCUGAUGAAGACCCAAUGAUGAAAAACGCUAUAGCCAAUGUUUUCCUAGAAUCAAUUCAUAGGUUGUGUAUGUGGCACAUCACUUCCAAGUUACCAUUAAAGAUAAAAGAAUUUAGGCCACAUGGAUAUUCCACUUCGAAUCGACCUCACUCCGAUAUUGAAAGCGAUGAUGAUGAUGAUAAAUGGGAUAAGUUGCUAAAAGACUCUAUAUAUACAGUUAAAUGUGACCAGAAAGAAGACACAUUCAUUUGUAGUUGUAUGAAGUUUGAACAAUUUGGGAUUUUUGUCGCCACAAUUUUAUUGUAAUGAAAGCCUUCAACAUCUAAUUCAUACCAAGAAGUAUCUUAUAAGGCGGUGGCAGAAGGAUAUUAUUCCACCUGAAUUAUUACGAAGAUGUUUCCGGUAUUCAGAUUCAGAUGAGAAUAUUCAAAAAGUAGCAAUUGACAUAUUUUCAACGGUUGAUAACUGUCUCUCUUCUUUAAGCGACAACAAAAAAGACUUGAAGAGUAUUAUGAGCACUUAAGGAAUUCGAGACCAAGUUUAUGGUUGACGUUACUAUGCAUGAACGCCCAAACAAGUCAACAGACUUUGGAAAUAGACUUGGAGUCUCGAUACCCGUAGAUGUUCAAAUUCAAAACCCAACUGGAAUUAGGAACAAAGGGUCUGACACUAAAAAAUGGAUUAAAGGUGCUCAAGAAAUUGCAGUUGAAAAAUCACGUUGUAACUAUUGUCGUAAAGGUAACAAUCAUGAUUGGCAGAAUUGUCCUUUAAGAAAGGAAGAUGAGAAGAACAACAUUUUUAAACAACAUCCUAGAAAGAAGCACUAAUUUAUUUAUCGGUCUUUUUUUCAAAUUAAUUUGUUUGGUUUGUUUACUUUAUGGUAAACCAAUUGUUACAUUCCCAGUCAAUUGUC